GUCCGACAUUUGCCUUGUGAUGUAAACGUCUCCAGUUGAUUUCUUACGAUAUGAUAUCUUUCUUUUCAAAGUUGUCUUUGAAUACUAAUAAAUUACCAGUGGAACUUGCUAAACCUGCUUAUAUGGACAAAAGUGCGACAUUGCAAGAGCUCGGCUAUAACGACGAGGAUGACUUGAGAGAAACAAUAUAUGACUAUUUGCGGACAAUACGGGACCCGGAAAAGCCCCAAACAUUGGAGGAUUUGAAGGUCGUGUAUCAAGAGGGGAUAUUUGUGAAAGAGCCUACUGCGGACAAGGUGCCUGUUCUGCGUGUGGAAUAUAAUCCUACAGUGCCUCAUUGCUCGCUGGCGACCCUGAUAGGCCUGUGCAUAAGGAUCAAGAUCCAGAGGUCUCUCCACCACCCUGUAAAGUUGGACAUCUACAUCAAGAAGGGCGCACACACGACCGAAGAUGAAAUCAACAAACAAAUCAACGACAAGGAGCGCAUCGCUGCGGCGAUGGAGAAUCCCAAUCUGAGGAACCUCGUGGAGACCUGCAUCGCCGAUGAAGAAUAGUUCUUCCCCAUAGUUCAUCAUAACCACGAACUGUUCUGUGUG